AGCGUCGGCAAGCGGGCUGCUGGCGUCGGGGUCGGCGUGGAAGGGCCCAUGGCAGCCGCCGUAUUUCGGCGAGGGCGCUGGACUUUGCUCCGGCGGGGAGCCUUCCGAGCUCAGCCGGGGAGAAGUUGUCGCUCUGGGGUGUCGGUGAGGCAGCAGCAGCAGGCAGCGCUGCAAGUUCCCUCCGCUCAGGAAAUUCCAAUUCCAAGAAGAAAAGGAUUCCUAGCUGCACACGCUGCCCCUUUCUCGGCUUUCUUGACUGAUAGCUUUGGUCGCCAGCAUAACUACUUGAGGAUUUCCGUGACAGAGAAAUGCAACCUCAGAUGUCAGUAUUGUAUGCCGGAAGAGGGAGUUCAGCUAACUCCCAGAACCGAACUCUUGAGCACCCAGGAGAUAAUCACUCUUGCCAGGCUAUUUGUGAAGGAAGGUGUGGACAAGAUCCGACUGACUGGGGGAGAACCUCUCAUCCGGCCUGAUGUGGUUGACAUCAUAGCUCAGAUGCGCAAACUAGAAGGGUUGCAAUCCAUCGCUGUCACAACCAACGGUAUCAACUUGGCCAGGCUAUUGCCCCGACUGAAGGAAGCUGGCCUGGAUGCCAUUAACAUCAGCUUGGACACGUUGGUCCCAGCCAAGUUUGAAUUCAUUGUCCGUCGGAAAGGUUUCCACAAGGUGAUGGAAGGGAUUCACAAAGCCCUUGAACUUGGAUAUGAUCCUGUUAAGGUGAACUGUGUGGUUAUGAGAGGCCUCAACGAAGAUGAGCUGGUAGAUUUUGUGGCUCUUACCGAGAAGCACCCCCUGGAUGUGCGCUUCAUAGAAUACAUGCCCUUUGAUGGCAACAAGUGGAACUUCAAGAAAAUGGUGAGCUAUAAGGAGAUGUUGGAUACAAUCAAGCAAAGAUGGCCAGAGCUGGAAAAGCUGCCAUGUGAAGAUGUUUCUAGCACUGCCAAGGCAUAUAAGGUACCACAUUUUCAUGGCCAAGUCAGCUUCAUCACCUCGAUGUCCGAGCACUUCUGUGGGUCCUGUAAUCGACUGAGAAUCACAGCUGAUGGGAACUUGAAGGUGUGCCUUUUUGGAAGUUCAGAAGUGUCCUUGCGGGAUCACUUACGUUCUAAUGCUACAGAGGAAGAAUUGGUUCAAAUCAUUGGUGCGGCUGUUGGGAGGAAGAAGAAACAGCAUGCAGGCAUGUUCAACAUUUCCCAGAUGAAGAACAGACCAAUGAUCCUCAUUGAGGCAGCAUCAAGGCCAUUCCCCCUGCUUCAAGAUGCCCUGCAGAAUCGAGCAAGCUUAAAUGACUGGGGCCACAGACUUGGCCAUCGGCUGACUCUGAGAGCAAGUAUAUCCAAACAGAUGGGGAAAACAUUUAAGAAAAAUGUGUUUACAGGACAGUGUGGCUUGCCAGGAUCUUGUUCAGCACGACAGCUUGCCGUAAGAAUUCCACAAGCUCAGCUCAGUAGCAAUUGCAUUCUCCAAAAGAACCCAAGCCACAGCUUGGAUGCAAAGUGCCUUUGGACAGGAAGUCCUCUCUCCAAGCAGACUUCUCACACGAUUAGAGACAUUCAUUCUGGGGUGGUGAGAAAGCAAGCAGAGGAGGAGAGUCGGCGAUCUCUUCUCACUGCCACAUUUCUUGGUGCCUCCAAUCAUCUCACCCACAUUGACCAGGAGGGACACGCAUCUAUGGUGGAUGUGGGCAGGAAGCCAGACUCUGAAAGGACCGCCGUGGCCAGUGCCGUGGUCCGUCUAGGUGAGAAGGCAUUUAACUUGGUACGGCAGAACCAAAUGAAAAAAGGGGAUGUGCUGGCGGUUGCUCAGAUUGCAGGGAUUCAGGGGGCCAAGCUGACUAGUCAGCUGAUCCCGCUGUGCCACAACAUCCCACUGACCCUGGUGGACGUCAAUCUGAGUCUGGAUGAGAAGAAGCAUGCAGUGGUUAUCAGGGCUCUGUGCCGCACCCAGGGGAAAACAGGUGUGGAGAUGGAAGCCUUGACAGCUGCCAGCCUUGCUGCCCUGACAGUGUAUGAUAUGUGCAAGGCAGUCACUCGCGACAUGGUCAUUGAGGAGGUGAAACUGCUCAGUAAGGAAGGAGGGCAAAGAGGAGAUUUCCAGAGAGGCUGAUGCAGAUCUAAACCAAGAGAUCAUCCACAGGUCAUCCUCUGCAUGGCGGCUCCAAAGGAUCAUCUCCACAUACUAACGAUUAGGGUUCCAACCACUGACAACUCUAAAGCACAACUUGAGUUGCCCAUCAUCUUGCUAUUGGAUUGACAGCUACUUAAAGAAUUUGUCUUGCCUGUCUGACACAGGCGUGGAUCUUCUCAUUCAAUUCUCUUCAAUUCUCAAAGCUUAGUCCUGACUGUGUCCUGUGAAACUUUAGGCUCCUAAGUCAGUUGUGUCUUUAUGGGGUGUAAUAACUUGCACAUUCAACUUUUUUUCUUGGCAAAAAAAUUGUGCCUAUUAAAGUAGCUGCUAUUUCUCUUCCUUCUAUCUGCCACCUUUUUGAAAAUAGUCUUCCUUCAUCAAAGUUUUUUUUUUAGAAGUGAUAGUCUUGUUUCUCUGCAUUAGGAUACUCAGUCUUUGUUCUGAAAACACUCCCAGGGGUUCCUUUUGCUUAGCACUCCAAAUGUUCUCUACUGUGUUUAUCCAGAACUUCCUGGAUGGCCAAUUCUACCAUGUCCUUAAUGAUAGCAUUCAUAUUGGUAUAAUCUUCUGUAAGUAGCACAUAAGUGUUUCUUUCAAACCUUCAAAUUUAUAUUCUAAUCCAUUUUUCCCAACAUAUGCUUGAAGAUACUGUUGGGAUUCAAGGACUUUUAGACACAAACCAAAGUAUUUUGACUCGAAAAUUUAAUUCUGAGAAGUAUUGUCUUAAAUUCAUCAACAAGAUUUAAGGUUAAAGGGUGCCCUUCCUUCCUCUCCUAUAUGUGCUGUGCUCUGUGUGAGUCCAGUCUUGCUCACCCCCCUCACCUGUCUUCCCCUUUCCAUGUACGCAAAGACAUGUGCACAUAUAUUUUUUUUGCACUUAUAAAAUGGACAGAAUAGUUCAUUUCAUUUAGAGUUGAAUUUCGAAUUUUAAAGCCUUUAAAAAGCUUGGAUUUUUGUAUUGUUAAUACUUAUGCAGAUUUUUUUUUUAAAAAAAAAAGUGUGUGUGUAAUUUCGGCCCUUACAUUUUGAGCCAUGUGCCUGAUUUUCAGAUUGCAGCAGGAAUCUCAUUCAAAAUGUUAAAUUAGGUUGUAUAACAAUGUUUUAGUGUUUAGAAUGAAGGGAAGAAUGCCACAAGGUUGGGAAGGAGGAGGAGAAUGAAAAAGAAAUUGAAAAGGUGAGAGAGGAUAGCAGUAGCUGUGCUUCCAGCCCGAAUUUGGCCUUUGCAUGCAGCUGGGCUUUUCAAGCUAUUUCCUAAUUAAAAUUUGUUUCUAGUUUUUUGUAGUGGAUUGAAUAUGUCCUCCAAGCAAUGUACCAGAUUUAUGCUUUAAAGAGCAUCGUUGCCUAAAUUUUCCUUUGUGACAGGAGCAAAUUUGAUAUCGCUGUCUCAUAGCAUUUAGUUCAAAUUUAUGCAGCAAUCUAAGGAUGAGAUUUUGAAUUGAACACCAAGUCGCCUGCUUCCUUCUUGCUCAAUCUAGCAUCUCUUGCACUACUGUUUCUUUUAUGCAUUGAGAAUUCUAGCGGCAUAAAUUAUGCUGUAGUAUAUUUAUCUGGAAUUGACCGUUUGUGGAUAUCCCCGAUGUCCCAAAUUACUUGGACUGCCAGUGUCCCAAAUCUUCCAAGCUACAUUGUACAAAAGCUUCUUUUGUUAAAGAUGGAAACCCGAAAAUGAUCAUCUAAAAGAAACAUAGUUUCCUGUAUCAGUUCCUAUAUAUUCAUUUUUCUCCCACAUCUUUGUGAAUUGAGCCAAGUAUCUGCCAAUCCCAUUGAACUAAAAUUAAUCGUUGCUGCUUCCCAGUGCUAUAUAUUUUUCUACAGGGAGGACUCUCAAAGAAAAGCACAAGCAAAUGGUUAUUUUCGCCAUGAGUGAGAGGUCACCUCUGUGUUGAAAAACGUAAUCUGUGAAGCUGUAAUUAGACACAGGGUAAUUUAAUUUGCAUUUCUUGCUCUAGUGCCAGUGCUCUGAAAUUGCUGCACCAGAAAAUGAAUGUUCCUGAUGGCAUCGUAUGACAUAAGAUAUCCACAGGGCCUCCAUCUCCUAUACAUGUUCCUGUGAAAUGAAUGAUGUAAGAGUACAAUUGAGGCUUGGGUAAAAGAUGUUUCCAGUAGAUUCUUGGUGCUGAUAAUGACACUAUUCUACUGCUGCAAAAAUAUGCUCUGGCUGCUAGGAUGUUAGGAUGCUACUCAAAUGCUCUUAAAGUCAGUAACAGAAGAGUCAUUUACUGUGGUGGGGUGGCUUGACUGAUCUACCUUCAGUAGCAGUGAUGUUGGUUUUCCGGGGUGGGGUGGAAUUGCAUUGGAAAUUUUUCUGAUGCCCUACAAAGCGAUAUAAUUUAACGUGUUUAUUUUACUUGUAUUUGGUAAACAACAGAGCUAAAAACAACAA